UGAAAAAUAUAAGACAGGUAAUAAUAAUUACAAUAAUCAGUAGAGAAAUUAUAAAAGUGUUAAGAUUAAACCGAUAUUCGCAUGUGAAAUCACCAGCCGAACAUGUGUCUUAUCUCAACGGAUAAAAAAAACAUUAAGAAUAAAAAGUUAUUUACAUAAUCAACAAUUAGCAUUAUCAAGGUGUUUAGUUAUAGUUUAACAUAAAUUUGAUAUCUUAAUCAUAUUUUCAGUACUUUUUUUAUCGCGAUAAGUGAGAUACAAUCUAUAAUCUUUUGACAUUUACGAAUUACUUUAAUAUUUUUAAGAGAAAUUUAUCAGAGAUUCAUCAAAGAUAUGUGGUAGAUUAAUGGAAUCGGAAGAAAAUGAAAAAUAAAAGAAAAAUGUCUUCUGAGAGUCUUGGACGAACUUGGAGAAGGUUCAAAACUUCUUUGGAUAGCUUUUAUCACCAGUAUCAUCGCACCAUUUUUAAAUGGCAUGCAUUCAAUAUCUUACGUAUUUAUUUCUGAGAUACCUGAACACUGGUGUUCCAUCAAAGAAUUUCAAAAGUCCAACUGGACAACCGAGGAGAUAAAAAAUAUUUCUACAGUUAAUGAGUGUCAUAUAUAUGAUUAUAAUUAUACAAAUCUAGCAAAUUUAAAAUAUGAAGACGCUGAAGAAUAUGUGAAAGAACUGAAACACAAUACAAGUAUUGUUCCUUGUUUAUCGUUUGUUUUUGACAACAAUGAAAGGUCGACGAUUGUUAGUGAAUGGGAAUUAGUCUGCGAUAAAUAUUUAUAUCGAGGAAAUACCUUUUCUGCUUAUGCACUAGGAAGACUUUUGGGAAAUGGAUUGCUGGGAAUAUAUGCUGACAAAUACGGAAGAAAAAAAGCAAUAAUAAUUGCUUUAUUACUGCAAGUAAUCGCCCUUCCGUCUAGUGGAUUGGUACCAUGGUAUUGGGCUUUUAUUUUUUUCAAACUUAUUACUGGAAUGAGUACAGGAUCUUUAUAUUCAUCAUCAUAUACAAUUCUAUCGGAAGUUGCAGUGGACAAAAAAAGAAAAAUUCUUGGGACUAUUUUUGAUAUUCAAUAUCCUGUCGGAACUUGGGUUGUUUUAAGUAUAGCUUAUUUUAUGUUGGAUUGGCGACAAUUUCAAUUGGAAUUAACAAUAUUUACCAUUCCAAUGAUCAUUCUCGUUUGAUUCAUUCCAGAGUCACCUAGGUGGCUUAUUUCUCAAAAACGUUAUGAUGAAGCACAAAAAAUAAUAGAAAAAUAUCGCAAAAUAAUCGUUACGCCAGCACUUAUAACCGGAAGUUCUAAUCUUCCAUUACCGAUUUCACAAGUUGAAACAAAGAAAAAAAAACAACAUAAAUAUUUAAUUCAACGUUACUUCAAAAGUAUGAAAAUUCUUCUUACUAAUUCAAAUUUGCGAAAAAAAUUGUUUACUAUGUAUUAUUCGUUCUUCGUGUCUAUUUCUGUCAGCUAUUGCUUGGUCUUCAGUAUUGAUACGUUUCAAGCUAAUCGUUACAUAUACAUGGCGUCUACAGCAAGUGGUGAAGUAUUAGCACUCAUGACAACUUCAGUUAUCCUCAUGUUUUUCAGCGCUAAAAAAGCAACUAUUGCUAUUUAUUUCUUCGUGUCGUUUUGUAUGCUAACAAUUACGUUCAUUCCCAAAGCGAAUAUGACCAUAAUUAUAGUAAUGACAGUAAUUUUCAAGUUUUGUUUGACAGCAAACUAUACGACCAACAUGUUAUUUGCUUCAGAGUUAUUUCCUCCAGGAGUGAGAAACACAGCAUUCGGAACUAGUUUUGUUAUGGGGCAGAUUGGCACCAUGGGAGCACCUUUUUUGUGGAAUUAUUAAGCAAAGUAGCUUGGUGGGCUCCAACGAGUGUUUGUGGUAUUUUGACACUUUUAGCUGGACUUUUAUGCUGCACGAUUUCUGUUAAGGAAUGAUUUGUAAUGAUUUAAACCUCAAAUUUUUAAUAAAAUUUAAAGAUA